AUGUCUGAGGGAAAGAAGAUGACAUCGAGCCGCAGGCAUCAUCUCAAGAGUCUGAUGCUGCAGAUCGCUGCUAGCUGGCUGGAGCAGGAGGCCAACGAUUUGGCAGCCGCCAAAGAAGCUUACAUGGCGGAGAAAUGCGCCGACCCCGACCUGAGCGGAGACCAGGCGGCUCUGAUGGAAAUCUGCAAAAAGCUGUAUCAGGCCCUCGACAAGAUCGAUGAGGACAGAUAUGACGCCGAGGCCAAAGUGGCGAAGACAGACAAGGAGAUCGAGGAGCUGAAGCUGAAGGUGGUGGAGCUGGCUGGAGUGAAGAAGCCCGCCCUGAAGAAGGUCCGCAUGUCUGCUGACGCCAUGCUGCAGGCUCUGCUGGGGGGGAAGCACAAGGUGACCAUGGACCUGAGGGCCAACCUGAAGCAGGUCAAGAAGGAGGUCAAAGAGGAGGCUGUGGAGGCGGUCGGCGACUGGCGUAAGAACGUCGAGGACAAAGCUGACAGGAAGAAGAUGUUCGAGACUUCCUAA